AACUGGUUUAUUAAACAGUGACUCAAACAGGAAACAGUAACUUAUAGGACCCGCAGCAAAACAAUAUACAAAGGGCAUACAGGUACAGGUUGGCAUAACAAACUGACUUAAAGUCAAGGUCCCAAACCCAUAAGGACAAAGGGGAAUUUACUACAGGUAAGGUACAGAGGUAUACAGCAUACUACACCAGGUUCAGAGGCAGUGGCAGAUUAAUGAUUUUUGCCGCCCCUAGGCCUAGGGUUUUUUGCCACCCCAAGAUCGAAAAUCCCGAAGCAAAAAAAAAAAAACCCUCCGAGUAGGCUAUGUGACCCUUGCUCUUUCCCACCGUAGAGAGAAAAAGGCACCAGUUGUCUCAAGAAGAAGGUCACGACAUGGUGGACAAAAAACAACUCCUUACAAACAAAAUGGCGACGUGCCUAAACAAAAUGGAACUUGUAGCUUUUCCCCUACAGGAGAGGCCUGAGUAAAGGGAAAGGGACAUUUCAGCAAAGGCCUGGCGAAGAUGGCUGAGUAGCACCAGAACAGCAACAGGGUUUUUUUUGGCUUGCUGGCAUCUCUGAGCCGGAGUGUGUGGAGAGACAAGAAAUCCUAGGGGGUGUGGCUGGGAAGAGAGAGAGAGAGAGCAGAAAGCCAGCCAGACACUUUGUUUCUACCACUUCAUUGGCAGAACUGAAAUCAGCCCCUGGAAAGGGAACCUUAUUUUGAACUGUGGUGGGGAGUAGUUCAGGUGCCCUAUGGAGAGGGGAAACUGAGGCAGGGCCACUGCAGCACCAAGGCAGGCCACGAGGGGGUGCUUGGGAGGUAGCCAGCCCUGUUCCAGUGUCCUUCUGCAGGAUCAAGGCAAGCAGAUCUGACAGGGCUGCGAAACAAGCAGAAACAAGACAUGAACCCUGGGCUUCCCUACCCUCCAACACCAUCUCCUCUUUCCAUCCCAAAGCUGGGUCACCCAGCUGUGAAAAUGGGGCCCCUGGUGAUGCUGUGGGGAUGGGCUGUGGGCAGUAGGGGCAGGGCUGAUCUGGGGUUAGUAGAUGGUGUAUGGGCCUAGGAGCCAGGACUCCUGGUUUCCACUCCUGGCUCUGGCACUGACUCACUGUGACCUGGGCCAUGUCCUGUUAGCAUCUGUCAUAGGGAGCCAGUGCAAAGCUGGGCUGGAGGAGCUCUGCUCUGCACAUGCCAGGCAGUCCCAGAGUGCUGCCCCCAGACCCUACCCCAUUACUCCUGGUCGUGCCGGGGGGCGGGGGGAGGGAGAUGGACCAGGCACCAUCCUGCAUGCACUCCCAUAGCAAACACUCCCAUAGCAACAGACAGCAGGGUGCGCUGGGGGUAAGCAGCCUCCCCCGCUAUAAUGAGGAAUGAAAAGGGCUCGGUGGGGGUAGGGGAAGAUGUGGGUCUGGCCAAAAUCAAAGUGAUGCAGCAGCAAGCUCGCUCUGGGCAGCCCAGAACCUCAGCGUGGUCCCCUGAGCGUAAGCAGACUGAGCAAUCGCUUAGGGUCCAGGGUAACUCAAUGGGGGGGAGGGCUGUUCGCUUUUAAAUAUUAUUGGGGGGGACAAAAAUAUUCCUGCUUAGAGCCCCCAAUGGGCUGGCACCACCUCUGCAUGACAGUUAGCCUGGCCCUGCAGCAAGAGCUGUCGAUACACACCCGCCCCCUCAGACAGCUGGUACAUACAUAUAUAAUCAUGCAUGACAGCCUCACCACCCCUCGCACGCACACACUGCUGCUUUGACACUUCGCAAAUGCCUGGUCCAGCCCUUCUCUUCAGCUGCUCUGGGCAGCAUGCCGCUCGGUACCCACUCCCCUGCCCACCCAGCUCCUGUCUCCGUUCCCUUGCAGGAGGCACAGUCCCACAGUCUCAGCUGCUAACAGCCUGGCAGAUGGGGCCUGAGCUCCACUCCUCGGUACCCCCAGGCUAUUAGAGCCAGAGCCUAGCGGGGAGGCCAGGGGCAUGGUGCAAGCCUGCCUGCCUCACCAGGCCUUUUGCUAGCUCUCCAAGCCGCUCGCAAAUCAAUGCAGUUCAGCAAUCACCUGUAACAAGGGAGUUUCCUAUAGAUGCAUUUCCAGCCCCUCACGGGACCAGAGCCUUCCCCCAUGGCCCCUUUUCCAGCCACCCUGUGUGACCAGCAAGGUGUGUCCAUGGCUUCUUGCCACCAUCCACACAGGGUAAUUGUUGGUUGUAAUGAUCAAGCCCCUGUCUCCCUGGUGGGGGUUCCCUGUGCUGCCAUGGGGCCUAGAUCCCAGUAGUUUGAGGAGGCUGGAGACCUGUGGUGGGGCUGAAUCCCCCCUUCCUUGGGCAAAUCCCUAGUGCAGGGAUUCUCCACCCGUGCAACCUGGAGACAAGAAUCCACCCUCUUCAGGCCCGACUGAGCCAGACACAGUCUCUCUCUCCCCGCUCAGGCCCACAUCUCAGUCCCCAUUUGUAGAUCGCACCACGGCUCACUCAUAGUGCUGGUGGCUCACUCCCGCACCCUGGCAGACCUAGGAGCUCCUGCUGGGCUGGAGUUGAUUCUGCGACACUGGAAAUCAACUCCUCUUGGCCUGCAACCCUCAAUGCUCUGUGGAUGGAGCCGUGGCCUGCCUGAUGCAGGAGCAGUGGCGCCGGGGACCCGGCUUGGGAGCCAGCAGCAAUCAAAGAGUUUGUCUGGGACCAGCAGCCGCAAGUGAGAAUAACUUACACACAGCCUUUGUGCUGCCGCCGCCACACUCUCCAGGGGCUGCCAUUUGACCUGGAUGAUGCCCCGGCUGUGCUCAGUGCAUGGGAGCAGGAGAGAUGCUGUGGGUGCCCGGCUCCUGCAUAAGGAUGGAGAAAGCAGCCUCCACUGGGGAGCUGGCACCUACCUCAUGGUCUCACAGUGUCCCAUGCCCUGAACCUGACCCCACCCACCGGUGGCUAUCAGAAAGGGGAAUCAAGAGCCGUGCUGCCAUUGGCCAUGUCCGUGCACACCUGCCUCUCUGAGCCAGAAGGGGGUUAGCGCCCCUAUGACCAGCAGUCACUAGAGCACCGAGUAUCCGGCCCCACACUGGCAGGGUUGGAGUGUUACCUACAACAUCCCCUACUGCUCUGUCCCAGGUGAGAUGUCACAGGGUGACUCAUCUUCCAUGCAGGUAGGCACGGCUUGGGGAUUCCACACCCCUGGAUGGCGAGGUAGCGGGAGAACUGGCAAUGCCCCUGCAGCACAGGGAAGAGCCCCAAAACUGGAGGCAUCAGGGGAGCCACCAACUUUCCUGCCAAUCCAGUUACCCAGGCAUGCCCCCCUCCCUCCGGCCAGGCUGAUGUUACAGUGGCACCGGCUCCUGCUGCACUAAGGGAUGUGGAUGUGAUUUGGGCCACUGACUCACCACCAGCUCAGAAAGACCGGGGGGUGUUUGCUGGUUUCUCACACAGGGUUGAGUUGCUGGGCGCAGGGGACAGCCGGUUCCCUUCCCCCAAUGCACAGUCACCCGCUCCCUCUGGGCUGCAUUCGCCUCUCCCCCGCCUUCCCCCUUCCCCGACCGGCUGCACUGUCUCCCCUCCCCCAUCUGCAUUGUCGCCCUACCCCCCCGGGCUGCGUUCUUCCCCCAACCCCCCUCACACCCGGCUGCAUUGUCCCCCGCGACCGGCUGCGCUUUGCCGUGACUUCCCCCCCGAGCAUUGGCAGGCGGCUGUCUCUGAGCUCCCGCCCGCAUUGUUUCCCCCGCUGGGGGCGGGGGGCGCGGACAGGGGCUGGCUGCGCGGAGCUGUUUGGGGGGGCAGCGGCUCAGCGGAUCUCGGCUCCCCCGGCCCCGCAGGCGGAACCGGCCGGGCCCAGCUCCAAGGGGGUCCCGGAGAGCCUGGGGCUCCGCGAGCCUCUGACCGAGCCCUGGGCGCGGGGGCGGCUCCAUCCGCCGGCGCCGUUAGCCUGCGCAGUCUGGUCGGGGCUGUCUCCGGGAUCCAGGCACCGGUGAGUGGCCGGGGCGGCUCCUGGGCAGGAGCAAGUGGCUCCGGAUCCGCGGGGAUCGGGCCCAGCCGCGCAGCGCAGUGCCCCGGGGAAGGUGCCCUGCUGGGCGUCGUCUAGCCACGCAGCUCCCGUGGGCUGGAUCCGGGACUCAACGAGGCCGGGGUCCCCCCGGUGCCUUUAAAGGCUGGGGUUGACGGGGCGCCACGCCCCCGCCGCCUGGGGACGGCCCGGGGGAGCGGGCAGCAGCUAGCCCAGGAGCCGUCGUGGGGACGCUAGCUGACGGGUCCCCGUCUAGGGGCCACCCCCAUUCCCAAGGGCCCCCUCCUGGGCCAGCAGCACAGCCCGAGUGCUGGCAGGAGAAGGGGGCUGGUGCAUUCUGGGUCCAUCCCUGGACACCCUCUGACCCACACUGGGUGCCCUCUGCCCCAGCAGUGGCCAUGCCACAGUACUCGGGGCAGCCUCAGGAGCUGCAUGCCAACGCGUCGCACCUGGGGCCAGGUGUGGCUGCUCUGCUGGACAGGAGCAGUGACUUCACCCUGGGCCUGAACAUCUUCUCUGGCGCUCUGCAUGCCGGGCCCCCCAACCUCUCCCUGAUGCCGUGCGAGCUGGAGCCGCUGGGCUCCCUACCCCUGGACACCGAGGGGUCUGCAGCUUGGGGUAGCCUUCUGGGGCCGGCCCUGUCACUGGUGCUGCCUGUGGUGUACGCCCUCAUCUGCGGCUGCGGCAUCCUGGCCAACGGGCUGGUGAUCUCCAUCGUGCUGAGCUGCAAGCACAAGCUGGUGUCGGACGUCUACAUCCUGAACCUGGCCGUGGCUGACCUGCUCUUCCUGGUGGGGAUGCCCUUUAUCAUCCACCAGCUUAUCCAGGAGCACGGCUGGAUAUUCGGGGACUUUCUGUGCCGUGCUGUCACCACCCUCGACCUCAACAACCAGUUCACCAGCGUGGCCAUCGUCACCGUGCUCUGCGUGGACAGGUACGUGGCAGUGGUGUACUCGUCCACAGUGGGCCAGAAGCGGACGCUGCGCUGCACGGCCCUGAUCAAUGCCGGCGUGUGGGCCAGCAGCCUGGUGAUGGCCACGCCAGCCAUGCUGUACGCCCGGGUGCAGCGGGAGAACCAGACGGAGCUGUGCCUCAUGGAUCUGCCAGGCCCCAGCAGCCUGUACUGGUACACGCUCUACCAGUCACUGGCGGCCUUCCUCCUGCCGCUGCUGGUGAUCACGGUGCUGUACUCCCUCACCCUGCACCACCUGUUCCGGGCCAUGCACCGGGCGCAGCGACGCUGCUCGGCCCGCAGCCGGCGAGUCACCCGCAUGGCGCUCACCAUCAUCACUGCCUUCCUCAUCUGCUGGACACCCUUUCAUGUGGUACAGCUGGUCAACCUGACGGCCGCCCCCUCCGUUGCCUCCUUCUACCUGAACCAGCUCACCAUCUGUCUCAGCUAUGCCCACAGCUGCGUCAGCCCCGUCCUCGUCCUCUUCUGCACUGAGUUCUUCCGCGAGCGGAUGGCCCACUCUAGGUACUGCAGAUUCAUCGCCAGGUGGAGGGCGCUGCGUGCGGGCACUGCCCUGCCCAGCCAGGAGCUCACCUCCACCGUCUACAGCCCACAAGUGGGCAGCACCACGGCCCAGCGCUGCCGGCGUCCCUUCGGCACUGAGCACCUGCCAUGCUCCAUGACCGAGGCCAGUGUCACCAUCAAUGGGCAGGAGGAGCAAAGCGCCGUCUAGGAGCCUCUGUGCUACCAGAGCACUGACUUCAGUUGGAGCCCACGGAUGGCCCCCACUGCUGCAGCAUGACUUGGGAGGCGUGGGGACAGAACUUUGGUGAUGCCAGGCCAAGGCAACAUGCCAGGAGCCUCAGCCACGGCUCAGAUGGGACUUUUCACCUCCCCAUAGGACAGUGCAGAUUCCCACUCCUGAGGCUGGUGGGAAGAGCCAGUCUAGCUCAACCACCAGAUAUGGACUUGAUGCAGGAAUUGCUGGGUGAGGUUCUCUGGCCCGGGUUACGCAGGAGGUCAGACUGCAUGGUCGCAAUGGUACCUCCUGGCCUUACAGUUGGCAGAUCUAUGAACCAGGGAGUCUGGGCAGGAAAUGGCAGUGACAGAAGAGACUUUAAUAAAGCAAAAAGAACGCA